AUGGCAACAAUACCGGCGGUGAGUAGAAUUUCUUCCCGGCUUAUCCGUAUUCUGGGCUGCAAUCCCAGCCCAAUGACGCUGCAAGGGACAAAUACAUAUCUCAUCGGCAGUGGCAAAAGGCGUAUUCUGCUGGACACUGGGGACGCGAACGUGAAGGAAUACAUUGGCCAUCUGCAAAAAGUGUUGAUGGACGAACGAGUCCUGAUCAACGACAUUAUCAUCUCGCACUGGCACCACGACCAUGUGGGCGGGGUAGAUGAUAUAUUGGAAGUGAUCGACAAUAAAGAUACAUGCAACGUUUGGAAAUUUCCUCGCACGGAUGCUCCAGAACCGGAGGUAAAGCAUACAACGCUGAAGGAGCUAAAAGAUGGACAAAUAUUCACGACCGAGGGUGCAACGCUGAAGGUGAUCCACACACCGGGCCACACGACGGAUCAUGUUGUGCUGGUGCUGCAGGAGGACAACUCGCUAUUUAGCGCCGAUUGCAUCCUGGGAGAGGGCACCACGGUGUUCGAGGAUCUGUACCUGUACAUGAAAAGUCUCGAAACGAUUUUGAACGCUAACCCCACCGUUAUAUAUCCAGGGCAUGGUAACAUCAUUAAUGAUCCAGCCGAACGUGUGACGGAAUACAUCAAUCAUCGAAAUCAUCGCGAGAAGCAAAUCUUCGCCGUGUUCGAGGCCAAUCCGGACAAGCAGUACAACGAGAUGGACAUUGUGCGAACGGUGUACAAGGAAACGCCGGAACAGCUGUGGGCUGCGGCGGCGUACAAUGUAAAUCAUCACCUGAAGAAGCUGACCGUCGAAGGCAAACUGCUCGAGUGCGUGGACAGUGAGGGUGGCAAUAGCUGGAAGUACGUUCCGGCACCUUCCCUAUAAUCGGUUGCCAUUAGGACGGUGUGGUAAAUAAACUAGUUACGGUAGCGGUCCUGUUUGUUUUAUUACAAAA